UUCGACUUACACAGCUGUGUGUGGUUGAUUAGUUGAUUUUUAUUUUGGUGAUUUGAUCAUAAUCAAGUAACUCACUAUUUUUAAGUGUUUUUGUAAUACAUAGUUCUAUUACCAAUUUGCAAUUUAUAAAAAAGAAAGAAUUAAAAUAUGGAUGAUUCCGAAAGUGAUAACGAAUGUGACCGUAACAAGGAUCGUAGUCCAUCACCAGGUAGUGUAAAGUCCACUGCCGUUGUCAAAUAUACUGCAUUUCAAACACCAGUGGGCUAUGCGAGGCUUCAAUGCAAUACAGAUCUCAACCUACCCCCCUCCAACUGGGGUGGGAUAGACUCAUAUGGUCUUAAACAGAUUAUUACUAGAGGUAGCGGGCUGUCCAGUUUUCGAAUGGCACACAUGUUUCCCGACUGCGUGGGUGAAGUGGAUGUUAUAUCAGAUGCGGAGUGUAUAAAGAAACUACUUAAAUUGCCUUAUCAACCCAAUGGAACGGUGAGCAUGAUGGUCCACAGAGUAGAGAACACGUUGUUAUUGGACGAUUUUGAUAUUUACGAGUAUCUGAUGAAGUCGGAAUGGUCUUGGCUGAAGGAUUUCUUCUAUGAAAACAUACUCAAGACAAUGUCUGAAAAGGAACGUAUGUCCCUAACGUUGGCUCCAGUCCCUAGUUCGGCUCUGCAAUUGACACAUAAGUUUCUAUCACAUAGCGUUGUGGAACUGCCAGAGCCUUUGCCGAGUGAUGUUCCACAUACUCCGAUGUGUUUACCUGGACCUUUCCUCCCCGAUCCCGAAACCAAACCAGAGGAACUAAAUAAUGAAAAGAAUUUCAAUCGUAACGUACUUUGGACAUUCGAAGAUAUUCAUAUGUUGAUUGGAAGCAACUUACCAAUAUUCGGUGACAAGGACCGACCUUGUGUCAGUCUGCGCUUAAGAGAUGCGAGGGAAUCGAUAAACGUACUAACAGGCAUUGACUACUGGCUCGAUAAUUUAAUGUGUAACGUGCCAGAAGUACUUAUGUGCUACCAUUUAGAUGGAAUAGUACAAAAAUACGAACCAAUGAAGACAGAAGACCUACCCAAUAUGGAAAACUCAAAAUUCUCACCGAAAGUUAUAAGAAAUGUCGCUCAGAAUAUUCUAUCGUUUCUGAAAUCGAACGCCACGAAGGCCGGUCACACUUACUGGCUGUUCAAAGGGCCUCAUGAUGAUGUUGUCAAGUUAUAUGAUUUAACAUCGCUCUGUCCGGACAAUAUGGAUAAUCCAUUCACAACGCCAGUGGCCAUGUUGUUGUAUAGAGUGGCAAGGAACAUGAGGCUUAUGAACAGGUCUAAACAUGUCAGGCAGCUGUUAGAACAUGUUGUGGAACUCUUGCAAGAGGAACGGUACCCUCAGAUUAUGGCGUCUUCGCAUUAUAUGUUAGCCGAUUUGUAUGUGCCAGCGACUACAAAUCCCGCUAGUCCGAAUUUUAAAGAGGAAAGCUCAGAUUCUGAAGAGGAAGCCGAUUUCGGUAACUACGCUGAGUUUCCACCCAAAGCCAAGCCAGAAGCUGAUAGUAGCAAGCGAGAUAAAAAUAAUGACGCCAACGACACAACGGAUGAGGGAGCGGUGGGCGGGAAGGCAAAUGGAGAGGAUGUGGGGGAGGCAAAUGGGGAGGCUCAGGGGGAAAGUCAGGGUGCGUUAUCGUUGUGUACGCGUGGACUCGCUCUCAAGCACAUCGGACACCGAAGCGCCGUCACGCAAUCGGAUAAAAAAACUAAGAGCGAUGACAACAAAUGUCUGGGACUCGAACCCACAACUCGUUGCGGAAAGGCGUUAAAGCAUGCCCUUAAGGGACUUAAUGCUUUGCAUCAUAUCGCUACCAACAAAUCUCAGGAAGAAGAACGCGAGCGUCUCAAACAACAAAUAUUAAUAGAGGAACAGAAUCCAAAAAUGGCCAACCCUUAUGAACCAAUAUCAAUGAACUACUCACCGCUCAAACGAAACAAGAAUCAAAAAGAACACAUGGCUAGGAGUAGAAGACGAAAAAAAGAAAAGAAAAUUCCAGAAAAAUCUGGAAACUACACGAAAGAGACCGAAUCCAACAUAGACAAGAACGCCAUAUUGGUUAGAAGAGAAAAGAAAAAACUACCCACUUGGAACGAUCCGAAUAGAGAUAACAAUUUCGCUUGGAAACUACAUUUAAAAACGUUGCUAUACGAAAAAAUAUGUCUCACAUACGCGACAUUAGCAGAAUACAGCUAUUCAAACAAACAAUAUGGUUUUUCUCUCAAAUAUAUAGCAAUGGCUAGCAAGUGCCAGAAGUUGCUGAGCAAUAUGAUCAUAAAGAGUACGGUAGUCGAUGCCGGUUGUCUACUUGGCCGUAUCGGGGAUAAUUUCUUCCAGAUAAGCAAAAAUUGGGCCAAGUUGAAUCUGUUUGAGGUGCAGUUGGAAGUGGAUCAUGAGUUCGAUAAACAAAUAAAAUUGGAGAUUGAAAGAGAUCUGUCGGAGGAAGUUGACGGGAAUGCUGGGAGUGAGUUUAAUCUGAACAUAAGGCUGCCCGCGAGCGAGAUAGACGCCAUGCUGGUCGCGUGCUGCUACUACCGGCGCGCGGCCGCCGCGUCUCGGGACGGGCCCGGGGGCGCGGCGCAGCGCCGCGACGAGCUGCUGCGGCGCCGCGCCUCCGUGUGCAACGAGCUGGCCGUGCGCCACAUGAACGACGCGCAGCAGAUCUUCAUGAAAUACAUCGAUGAACCCGAUCAAAAUGACCCCAAAAUUAAACUCCUUCAAAAGGAAUUCAAGGAAUUGUCGCAAAAGUCAGCAAAUUGUUUGGACGAAGCGAUGGAGAUAUUUGAAAAAGUAAAAGAUAUUCCUAAUUUAGCACUGCUGUACUGUAACAAGGCGAGGUAUAUUAGAUUCAAGGCGCACUGCGACCAGGGAAGUUUCAAUUCGCAUAAGCGCGCCCUGUACAAUGAGGCUGAGGAGCUGUAUCAGAAAGCGCUCCGCCUCUUGGUCCCGUGCGAGGCGUCCGGAGCGGAGUCCGUGAUGGAGCUGGUGGUGUGGGAGCUGUCGUGCCACCUCUACACGCGCGCCACGCUCAUGCAGGACCGCCCCUGCGAGCACUCCAACGAAGUAAAUGAAGUUGCGGAAGCACUUAAGUACGCUCUGAAAUAUUGCCCCACAACUCCUGGACCGAGGCAGUACUUGUACCAGUUUAGAACGGCUAUGAUCUACCAUCGCUUGGGGUCGCUGUACCACUCACAAUACAGAACGACAAACGAGGACGGUGUGCGACGACGGAACCUCCUCAAGACAACGUGCAGCUACUACGAGCGCGCCGAGCUGCAGUUCGCGGUGCUCGAGGACGCCGCCAUGUUCCUCACCGUGCGCCUCGAGCACGUCGCGGCGCUCGAGGUGCACGCGGCCGUGACGCCAAACUUAAAACUAAAGUAUCUCCAGAACGCGCUAGAGUUAUUGAAGCAGUGUGAAUCGAUAAUAGAAGUAUUAAAAGAAAGGGAACCUGACGAGGUCAAGGAAAAGCCGAAACUAGAAGACGAGGAAGAAAAAACAAUGACAAGCGACCACAGCCUCCUUAAUCUCUUUGAGAAUAGACUGCAUUUCAUAUUAAAAAGUAUUAUACAGUACUGCAAAUCGCAGUCUAAUAAAGAUUACGCAAAAAUGACAGAAAUGUAUAAAAAAUCAUAUUGUGCUAGUCUGAAGAUACAGAAAUCAGACGAUGUUAAAUUAUACGCGUCCAGUAUAUGCAACGUGUUGGAGAAAAUCGAGGAUAUUAUGUUUUCAUAUACUUGAUAGUGAUGGUUGUACAAAUCUCGAAAGUAACUCCUAUGUUAAACAUCAAUUCGCCUAUCGUAUAUGAAACGUCAUAAUGACGCAUUGCCAUUGGAUUGAAAAUUCUUUUUUGUAAAAUAUAGGUAGUAUUUACGUGAUUAUUGAUCAGUUAUAAAUAAAUGAAAGAUAGUUU